AUGGACAACAAUCCUCACGAUAUCUCGUCUAAUGUCGACAGAACUUCGACUGUAACACCCUUAUACUCACAAAAUUCUUCUCUCAUUGAAUCUUCCACAACUUCAAUAGGUAGUUUACCGACUCCACUUAACAAUAACAGUGAUUCUUCUCAACAAACUUUUUCAAUGCCAACUCAAAGACAGUCGACGAGGUCUGCCGUUUUAUCCUCGGUAUUGUCCUCUACACCAAACUCUUCUUCUCUUGCUACUACGUCUGUGAGAGCGACAGCCCCAGGUUCAAGGCAGGUUCGACGGAAUUGGUGGGGCUAUAUCUUAGAAAACUUUAGAUCUAUUUCUAGAACUUCUAAGCAUUACGCGACAGGUCGUGCGACCGACCUCUUAACAGAUCAUAGACGUAAUGGACAAAAUCAAAACGAUAACAAUGAACCAAUAAGAAGAGAUUCAUGGGUUGACCGUUUUAAGUCUUUUUUGGAUCUUUUCGCAACUCUUUGGUUUAUUAUCGGCAAUUAUCUUCUUUUCACUACCCAAAAUUGUGCAACCAAAGCACCUGAAAUUUUCUUUCUUUCUUUAACAUGGGUUAUUCUUGGAUACAUCGUAAUCACUAUUCCUAUAUUAUUAUGCCUCGCUGUUAUUUUUUGUUUACCAUGCGUAUUAGUUGCAAUGAGAAUCCUUCAUGUUGGGGAUGCAGUUGGAAUUAGCGGUGCUAGUGAUGAUGUAAUUCAAAAAAUUCCAUUGGCAAAGUUUAAAGCACUUCAAGGAGAUUCUAAUGUAUCAGAAAGUCAAACUACUGAUACCAUUGUAUCAGUGUCACAGACAGAAUCAAGUCAUCAGCCAAUAUCUUCAACGCCUAAAAAAUCUCGAUUUAAUAUAUUCGGAAGAAAAAAGAAAGGCACUCAUCAUUUACCAGUCGCACAACAAACACUUACCAUUCCUAACCCCGAUGACGCUGUCUGUUCUAUCUGUCUUUCAGCGUAUGAAGAUGGUGAUGAACUACGGAAUUUAUGGUGUUCACAUCAUUUCCAUAAGGACUGUGUUGACGAAUGGCUAUCGUUGAAUAGACGAUGCCCAAUGUGUCGAAGUAGUAGUACCGGUGGUCGAGUGGAUGUUUCAAGUAGUCAAGGUGAAUCAGCAGAAGAUGCAGCUCAUAAUGUAUAA